UCACACACACGCACAUCGCUGAACACCAUCUUCAAACGAUGGAAGUCGGAAGCAUCGCCACGGGCGCGCCGACCACCUCCAUGCCCGUGCCGCGCCAGCUCAAAUGCCCCACCAUGGACGGUCCCAAGUUUACUGUGGACGCGCAGUGCGGCGCCGGUUCCUCCAAAGUCUUGUUGGCUUACAAGAACGCAUCGCAGCACCUGACUUCAUCGGGGAUAAAAGCGGGUUUGGGUUUACUCAAAGUGGCCACGUCUCAGUGGAGACAUGAGAAGAAGACGCGCGCGGGAGCAGCGAUAAGGCAGCUGCCCGCCGCCAACAGCGGCCACCCGUGCAAGAGAUCUCCUCUGGAUCAGCUGGCAGCGCUGGUUCUCCACGGCCAGACCCAGCAGCACCAGAUAAGUCAAGAUCACAGACGAGAUCCUGCUUACUCCACCAAGCCGCAGAACUGUAAGCGCAUCGUGGUUCUCGGCGCGCCGCGAGUUGGGAAGACAUCCAUCCUCAGAAGAUACCUGCGGGAUGGAUUCGUGGAGGACUACAACCCCACCUCAGAGGAUUUCCUGAGAAAACUGUUUCGCAUCCGCGGAGAGACUUAUCAGAUUGACAUCCUGGAUGCCUCCAGGGAAAGAGAGUUCCCGGCCAAGCGACGGCUGUCCAUCCUCACUGGAGACAUUUUUCUUCUAGUAUUCAGUCUCGAUGACCGGAGUUCCUUCGAAGAGGUGUGCGCCUUGCGAACUGAAAUUCUGACAGCCAAAUCCAAGCUGAGCAGAUCGUCUGUUCCGGAGCAUUGCGCACAGCCGCGCGUCCCUCUGGUGGUCUGCGCCAACAAGGUGGAUCUCCUGGAGUCCGAGCGACAAGUAUCCAAGGCGGAGGUGCUCCAAGCCCUCGGAGAUGACUGUGCCUAUUUCGAAACGUCGGCCAAAGACAGCACGAAUCUUGAAAAAGUGUUCGAGACUCUCGCAAAGCGGGGCGGGCUCCCGACGGAGACCGGCCCGUCGCAGCACCGCAAGGUGUCUCUGCGCUCGUACCAGGCGAUGCGCGCGGGCCGGGUGGCGGGGAGAGGGAGCCAGGCGCCGGGAAGAGACGACCCCUGCGGCACCCUGUACCCGCUGGCGCGCCGGCCCAGUUUUCGCACAGACCUCCGUCAAGUUAUUGGCCCACAAACUGAGAGAAAGCCCGGGAAAGGGAUGGAGAAAUGUUACAUUCAAUGA